AUGCUAAAUAUUUCUUCAAAUAUUCAACCAACAUGCAGUGCAAUGCUUCGUGUGAUUCCAGUGGUAAAUUCAUACAUACAAAGCAUACGUAAAAUGCGCCGAAGGCCACCGAAACCAGGAAAACCACCAAUUGUGCCACCGUCUCAAAAGGUGUUAUACACAGUGGUUCAUGUACCUUGGAUGGAGCCUUCUGCUGUGAAGGAGCUUUUGUGGCGUCGCCACGUUUAUAAUAAUGCUAUCCUUUCUUUGAGGCGAAUUUUCAGAGAAGAAAUCGCUCAAAAACAAACUGGAGGCUUGGCGGAUUUGAAAAUUCAAGAAGCGAGCGAAUUGAAUGAGCUUAUCGCUGCAAAUGAAAAACGUAAUCAGGAAAUGGCAAAGCUAAGAAAUGAACGUGAGAUCAAAAGAAUGAAAGAAGUGGAGAUGGAAGUGUUGAGGUUUAUUGAAGAAGAGCUGAAUAAAAGAGAGAAAUCAGUAAAAUUGGCAACAAAAGAAGUAGUUGAAAUGAUCGAAAAAUCUCGUGAAUUUGUGACUUUGGAUAAUCUUGAUUGUAAACUUCAUGAAGCUUUAGAAAAUCCAGUUGUAUAUGAUUUUGCUAUUGAUCUAGAAGGUAAACGUAUAUAUGCGCCAGUCCCCAAUAAAUAUUUAGAAGGAAAACCAGUGUUGCAAAAAGGACGAAUGUACGACGUCACCCUUGGUUUUCCUCAAGAAGCUGUUCAAAAAUCUGGCUCUUGA